AUGCGUAUCAGCCACCACCUCCUGCAGGGCUACCGCUUCUUGGCCAACCGUCAGCGCAUCUUGUUCGGGUCGCGCCGAGAAGCCGUCCGCGACUUGUUCAAGACCGCCGGCGGCUCGUUUGCCCUCAUCGCCGGCUACAUCAUUGUGUUAAGAGAAUUCGCCUCUGCAACCCCUGAUGUGCUCUACGACUUCCGCCGCGCCACUUCUCCCGAUUUCCAGCUUUUCGCGACGCACGGCGAGCUGGCCGGCUACAACCAAGGCGUCUCGAUGCGCGUCCACGGCAGCAAGCUGGAAAGCCAAGAAACGGAACGCCGCAUCCUCAACGCCCAGCCGUCAGAGACCCGCAUCGGCGGCGGAGCCUAU